CUUCCGUGCGCACGCGCAGAGGGACCCGGGCUGGGAGAGGGGCGCGGCGGGGCGCGGGCGCCGCUUGCGGGUCGCGGCGGGGAGGGUUGCACGCACUGGGGCCUAGUGGCAGGCGCCGAGAGUGGCUGAAGAGCCGGAAACGCACCGCGGAGGGUGCGGCCCUGAGGAGGCGGCGGGCCGGGAAGGGCCGGGCCGGGCCGGGCGGGAAACGUUAGGGCAGCGGCCCCCGGGGUGAGGGGGCCGAGCGGACGGGCAGGGCCCCGAGGCGAACACUGCCCGGAUGAGGAACAAAGCGGUGGGGCAGGCGCGCGCGCCCCCAGCGCAGCUGGCAGGUUGGGCGGCCCCCCUCGCGAAGCUUCUGGACGGAAGGCCCCAGGUGUUCUUCGACAUGCUCCAACCCGUGGCGGGGUGCAGGGCCUCCGGCCCUUGGGAGAAAUUGGGAGGCCCUGGGCGGCCCCGGGGACGAUUGGCCACGUCGGUGCUGAGGUUGUGAGCAAGAUGCGGUAGUACGUGACCCUGGAACGCAAACCCUGAUGCCGGUUCCCCACCACCCGAGCGCUCCUUUCUCCGACAUUUGGCCCCAGGCGGAUGCAUCACAGGAUGAAUGAAAUGAACCUGAGCCCAGUGGGGAUGGAGCAGCUGACUUCAUCCUCUGUGAGCAAUGCCUUGCCAGUCUCAGGAAGUCACCUGGGAUUGGCUGCCUCACCCACUCACAGUGCCAUCCCUGCACCAGGCCUGCCAGUGGCAAUUCCAAACCUGGGUCCCUCCCUGAGCUCUCUGCCUUCUGCUUUGUCUCUAAUGCUCCCAAUGGGUAUUGGGGAUCGAGGGGUGAUGUGUGGGUUACCUGAAAGAAACUACACCCUACCUCCACCACCUUACCCUCACCUGGAGAGCAGUUAUUUCAGAACCAUUCUACCUGGCAUUUUAUCUUAUUUAGCUGACAGACCACCACCUCAGUACAUCCACCCCAACUCUAUAAAUGUUGAUGGUAAUACAGCAUUAUCUAUCACCAAUAACCCUUCAGCCCUAGAUCCCUAUCAGUCCAAUGGAAAUGUUGGAUUAGAACCAGGCAUUGUUUCAAUAGACUCUCGCUCUGUGAACACACAUGGUGCCCAAAGUCUUCAUUCCAGUGAUGGCCAUGAGGUGGCCUUGGACACAGCAAUCACUAUGGAGAAUGUUUCUAGGGUUACCAGCCCAAUUUCAACAGAUGGAAUGGCAGAAGAGCUGACAAUGGAUGGUGUUGCAGGCGAGCAUUCCCAAAUCCCAAAUGGCUCCAGAAGUCAUGAACCUCUGUCUGUGGAUUCUGUGAGCAACAACCUUGCAGCAGACACUGUAGGACAUGGUGGUGUGAUACCCAUUCAUGGGAAUGGCCUGGAGCUCCCUGUGGUCAUGGAGACAGACCACAUUGCAAAUCGGGUCAAUGGAAUGUCUGACAGUGCCCUCAGUGACUCCAUCCACACUGUGGCCAUGAGCACCAACUCUGUAAGCGUGGCACUCUCUACCUCACACAACCUUGCCUCCCUAGAAUCUGUUUCCCUCCAUGAAGUUGGCCUCAGCCUAGAACCGGUGGCUGUCUCCUCCAUCACCCAGGAGGUUGCUAUGGGGACAGGUCAUGUAGAUGUAUCUUCAGACAGUCUUUCUUUUGUACCACCUUCACUGCAAAUGGAAGACUCCAAUUCAAACAAGGAAAACAUGGCAACCUUGUUUACCAUUUGGUGCACUCUCUGUGACCGUGCCUAUCCCUCAGACUGCCCGGAACAUGGACCUGUGACUUUUGUUCCUGACACUCCAAUAGAGAGCAGAGCAAGACUUUCUCUCCCAAAGCAGCUUGUUCUUCGUCAGUCAAUUGUGGGAGCAGAAGUUGGUGUAUGGACUGGAGAAACCAUUCCUGUGCGAACUUGCUUUGGGCCUCUAAUUGGCCAGCAGAGUCACUCCAUGGAAGUAGCAGAAUGGACAGACAAGGCAGUUAACCAUAUCUGGAAGAUAUACCACAACGGUGUCCUAGAAUUCUGCAUCAUCACAACUGACGAAAAUGAAUGUAAUUGGAUGAUGUUUGUGCGCAGAGCCAGGAACCGGGAAGAGCAGAAUUUGGUGGCUUAUCCUCAUGAUGGAAAAAUCUUUUUCUGCACUUCACAAGAUAUCCCUCCUGAAAAUGAACUGCUUUUUUAUUACAGCCGAGAUUAUGCUCAGCAGAUUGGUGUUCCUGAACACCCAGAUGUGCACCUCUGUAACUGUGGCAAGGAAUGCAAUUCUUACACAGAGUUCAAAGCCCAUCUGACCAGCCACAUUCAUAACCAUCUUCCUACCCAGGGCCAUAGUGGCAGCCAUGGGCCAAGUCACAACAAAGAAAGGAAGUGGAAGUGCUCAAUGUGCCCCCAAGCUUUUAUCUCUCCUUCUAAACUUCAUGUCCACUUUAUGGGUCACAUGGGUAUGAAGCCCCACAAGUGUGAUUUCUGUAGCAAGGCUUUUAGUGAUCCCAGCAACCUGCGGACCCACCUCAAGAUACAUACAGGUCAGAAGAACUACAGGUGUACUUUGUGUGACAAGUCUUUCACCCAGAAGGCUCACCUGGAGUCCCACAUGGUUAUCCACACUGGGGAGAAGAAUCUCAAGUGUGAUUACUGUGACAAGUUGUUUAUGCGGCGGCAGGACCUCAAGCAGCAUGUGCUUAUCCACACUCAAGAACGCCAGAUCAAGUGUCCCAAGUGUGAUAAGCUGUUCUUGAGAACAAAUCACUUAAAGAAGCAUCUCAAUUCUCAUGAAGGAAAACGGGAUUAUGUCUGUGAAAAAUGUACAAAGGCUUAUCUAACCAAAUACCAUCUCACUCGCCACCUGAAAACCUGCAAAGGGCCCACCUCCAGUUCAUCAGCACCAGAGGAGGAAGAAGAGGAUGACUCAGAAGAGGAAGAUCUAGCAGACUCUGUAGGGACAGAAGACUGUAGGAUUAACAGUGCUGUAUAUUCAGCGGAUGAGUCUCUCUCUGCACAUAAAUAAAAGGAAAAGAAGCUAUUUUGGAUGAAAAUACAAAUGGAAAAAUACACAUAACCAAUUAUCUACUAUAAUGGUUUUUAUAUAAAAUAGUUCCUGCUAUAUUUUCAGCCAAUAGUCAGACAGACUGAAUGGGAAUGAAUAAAGCACUUAUGGAAGAGCAUCCUAUUGAAAACACUUUAAAACAGAUAAGGAAAAGAGAGCAUGUGGCCUGUUUUAAUGAUGGACUGGGAGGGAAGUGUCAACUUGAGAGGUCUGUUUUUUAUUUACAUGAUAAUCUGGGAGAUGCAUUUAUGCCUGAAUCAGAACUGCCUUCUGCUCAAACAAAUCAGAUUUAUUGUUUCACAUUCUUCCAUUAACCUAUUUCCCUUCUGGUCCUGUGACUUGGUAACAUUCUAAACUUUGUCCUUGCCCAUAGCUAUCCUGAUUACUGACUGUGUUCUAUGCAGACUCUUGUGACUUAUACUCACCACAGCAUGGAUUGGGAUACAGCGGCAUAGGUGUGAUACUUGACAGCUAGUAAGUUUAAAGUAGCACCUGCCUUAACUGCUAGCUGCUUGGGAUUUUAGGGUAGAUCUUGCUUUCCAGAGUUUCAGCAGAUGCCUAUAGGGCAGAUAAAAAAGCAGCAGUCAGUCAGUAGGCAAUAAUGGAGAGAAGAGGACAAGAGAUGCCAGGCCUCUGCCCAAGAAACUAGCUUUGAUGGAAGCCUGAGCAAGUCAUCUGAUUAUUGUUACGUAGAGAUCUUUGUAGGUUUAGGCAUGGCUCUCUGUCUCCAGUAAAGCUUCCAGCUAUUCAAACAAAGGGGCCUUGGAGGUAUAGAGAGCCCAAAUAAUGCCUGCUGGAUUGUCAAAUGAUAAGUACAUGUGGACUCACCUGAGAAGGGAAGGAAGGGAAUAAUCUUUUAUGUUUCGUUUACCUUAUGGAAAGUGUUAAGAUGCCAUUAAAACAUUGCCAACUCAAAACAACAAAUGACUACAAAUGCAUUAAAUGCAUGUGCAAAGUUAGGUCUUCCCAGUUGUCUCCAUGCUGAGGAACCUCAUCAGAGAAGCAUGGAAAAGGCCAAAGGAUUUGGAAGGUAAAGAAGGUUGAAUGGUCACCACAUGGGCCUGUUUUUAGGGUCCCAGCUUAGUUAAGUCACCUGUGCCCCCAGUCAUUGUGUCUUCAAUGCACAGCCAGCGUUUUUCAGAAGCAGACCCACCCUUAAGUUGACAGGGUUGAUGGAACAUGCUCUUCUGCUCAAGGCACAACCUCUGGGCUGGAGUAGAGGACUCUGGUGGGAAGGUUUUGCUGCUAAUGUAUUUAUGGAAUGAAUGUAUUUCAUUCAAGUCUGUAUUCCUCUAGGAAGGAUUGAAAUUAAAGCUUUUUUAAAAUACAGGA